AAACCGCCAUUUUCUUCCUGCUUCUUCCACUACCUUCCUCAAUCCUCACUUCCAUUCCAUUUCUUAGCUCAGAACAGAAGAACCUCCCACACACUUCUCCUUCCAAUUCUCUCUCUCAAAUUUCUUGUGGGUUCUUCUGAAACCUUCUGCUUCUGAACCCGAUUCCCGUUCUCUGGCGCGGCCAGCAGCUAGCCAUGCCCAUCCACAUAUCCACUUCGGCGCCUUGUUCUCCAUCUCUUCUCCGCUCACGCCUCGCCGCUUCCUGCAGGUUCCCCGCCACUUCCAAGCCUCUCCGUUCUGCCGCUUCCUCCACCGAAUCGUUUGUUUCUCGUUCUUCGUCUCUCUCGUUCAGCAGCCAGCUACAAAAGGCUCGGUCACUGAGCUUCUCGUCAGGGUUGCGCUCAUUCCGGUGCUGUCCCUCUCAGCGGUGGAGCCAUGGAGUCGAUUGGAGAUCGCCUUUGAGCCUCCGAGCUCAGGCGCCGGCGACUUCCCCUGUCGUUGAUCGGCUUCAGAAGUCCGUUUCCACUAUGGCUUCUGAGAAUCCUUUUAAGGGUAUAUUGACUUCCCUUCCGAAGGCUGGGGGUGGAGAGUUCGGAAAAUUCUACAGCUUACCUGCUCUGAAUGAUCCGAGAAUUGACAGGCUUCCAUACUCUAUCAGAAUUCUUCUGGAAUCUGCAAUUCGGAACUGUGAUGAAUUCCAAGUUACUAAAGAGGAUGUUGAGAAGAUUAUUGAUUGGGAGAAUACAUCGCCUAAGAAUGUCGAAAUCCCGUUUAAACCUGCUCGAGUGCUGCUACAGGAUUUCACUGGAGUGCCAGCUGUGGUUGACCUGGCAUGCAUGAGGGAUGCUAUGAAACAUCUUGGCAGUGAUCCUAAAAAGAUCAAUCCAUUGGUUCCGGUGGACCUUGUAGUUGAUCAUUCUGUUCAGGUUGAUGUUGCGCGGACUGAGAAUGCUGUGCAAACAAACAUGGAACAUGAGUUUAGGAGAAAUAGGGAGAGAUUUGCUUUCCUCAAAUGGGGCGCAUCUGCUUUUCAGAACAUGCUUGUUGUUCCUCCUGGUUCUGGAAUUGUUCACCAGGUUAAUUUGGAAUACCUUGGACGUGUAGUCUUUAACACUGAAGGACUUCUGUACCCUGAUAGUGUUGUUGGGACAGACUCACAUACGACUAUGAUUGAUGGUUUAGGAGUUGCUGGCUGGGGAGUUGGAGGAAUCGAAGCAGAAGCAACAAUGCUUGGGCAGCCCAUGAGUAUGGUGCUCCCUGGUGUUGUUGGUUUCAAAUUGUCUGGUGAAUUACGUGAUGGAGUCACAGCAACUGACUUGGUUUUGACGGUGACUCAAAUGCUGAGGAAGCAUGGUGUUGUUGGGAAGUUUGUGGAGUUCUAUGGUGAUGGCAUGAGUAGACUAUCAUUGGCUGAUAGGGCUACAAUUGCAAAUAUGUCUCCUGAGUAUGGAGCAACAAUGGGUUUCUUCCCUGUUGAUCAUGUCACACUAGAAUAUCUGAAACUGACUGGAAGAAGUGAUGACACGGUGGCUAUGAUAGAACAAUACCUGCGCGCCAACAAUAUGUUUGUUGACUACAAUGAGCCUGCACAAGAGAGGUCGUACUCAUCAUACCUGCAAUUGGACCUUGCAGAAGUUGAGCCUUGUGUUUCAGGACCAAAGAGACCUCAUGACCGUGUACCUUUGAAAGAUAUGAAGGUUGACUGGCGGGCAUGUCUUGGCAACCCUGUUGGGUUCAAGGGAUUUGGUAUACCUGAUGAAGAACAUUAUAAAGUGGCGAAGUUCUCAUUUCAUGGACAACCUGCUGAACUUGCACAUGGAAGUAUUGUCAUUGCAGCUAUCACAAGUUGUACAAACACAUCAAACCCUAGUGUUAUGCUUGGAGCUGGUCUUGUCGCGAAGAAAGCUUGUGAACUUGGGUUACAGGUUAAGCCAUGGAUUAAAACUAGUCUUGCUCCAGGGUCUGGAGUAGUCACAAAAUAUUUGCAGAGAAGUGGAUUGCAGAAAUACUUGGAUGAGCAAGGCUUUCAGCAUGUUGGCUAUGGUUGCACCACUUGUAUUGGAAAUUCUGGAGAGCUUGAUGAUUCAGUAGCUUCUGCCAUUUCAAACAAUGACAUCAUAGCUGCAGCUGUGCUCUCUGGGAAUCGUAAUUUUGAAGGGCGGAUUCAUCCAUUGACAAGAGCUAAUUAUCUAGCUUCUCCUCCACUAGUUGUUGCCUAUGCCCUCGCAGGCACGGUUGACAUCGACUUUGAGAAGGAGCCGAUCGGAACAGGGAAGGGUGGCAAAGAUGUGUUCUUCAGGGACAUCUGGCCUAGUAAUGAAGAAAUUGCAGAGGUUGUGCAAUCCAGUGUGCUACCAGAUAUGUUCAGGAGCACUUAUGAAGCCAUCACAAACGGCAACCCCAUGUGGAAUCAGCUCAGCAUCCCUGCUUCAAUUCUUUACUCUUGGGAUCCAAAGUCUACAUACAUUCACGAGCCACCAUACUUCAAGGAUAUGACCAUGGAACCACCUGGUCCUCAUGGAGUGAAGAAUGCUUAUUGCUUGCUCAAGUUUGGUGACAGUGUAACUACCGAUCACAUCUCUCCUGCAGGCAGUAUCCACAAAGAAAGCCCUGCUGCUCGGUUCCUUAGAGAGCGUGGUGUAGAUCCAAAGGACUUCAAUUCUUAUGGCAGCCGUCGUGGCAAUGAUGAAGUAAUGGCAAGGGGAACCUUCGCGAAUAUUCGCCUUGUGAACAGGCUCGUGAAUGAAGUAGGGCCGAUGACAGUUCACAUUCCAACUGGAGAGAAGCUUCAUGUGUUCGAUGUAGCGAUGAGGUAUAUGGAAGCUGGGGAGGAGACCGUAGUGAUAGCUGGCGCAGAAUAUGGAAGUGGUAGCUCUCGGGAUUGGGCUGCUAAGGGUCCAAAGCUGCUGGGAGUGAAAGCAGUAAUUGCCAAGAGUUUUGAAAGAAUUCACAGGAGCAAUCUGGUUGGCAUGGGGAUAAUCCCCCUGUGUUUCAAGCCUGGUGAGGAUGCAGACACGUUAGGACUGACUGGUCGUGAACGCUACACCAUUGACCUUCCAAAUAAGAUCAGUGAACUGAAGCCUGGGCAGGAUGUUACCGUUACAACAGAUAGCGGCAAAUCUUUCACUUGCACAGCUCGCUUUGACACAGAGGUAGAAUUGGCCUACUUUGAUCAUGGAGGGAUCCUGCCUUAUGUCCUAAGAAACUUGGUCGACAGUAAACAAUAAUAUGAACAUAGCAACUUCCAGCGGUUAUUCCACUUUACAUACACCUAAACAGAACUACUGGUACCACACGCCAAGAUGGGAAAGAGUGCUUUUCCAGAGACAAUCGAGUGCUUUUCGUUUUAAGUGCGUGCUCAUCGUUGUGCAUAUUCAAUAGUUUCAGUCGGCCUGUUUUCUGAAUCCCAUUCCUGGAGUUCCAGCAAGGACACAGACAAACUGUAAUAUGUAACAAUGUAUGAACUUAAGCAUUUUGAGUGGAAAUGGUUCAGUCGCAAAGUUAUUUCACUGUUUAGAUCUCUCAAAUCUGAAAAGAGCUGUGAUAUCUGAGUCUAAUACAUUUGUGAGCUUGUUCAAAUAAUGAGUGCUGCAAAUCUUCUCAACUCACAGGCUGACUGCCAAAAGGCCCGAAACAUAACCUUUCUUGGUCAAAGUCUGGUAUACUACAGAAAUAUGUACGUAUGUUACACCUUCCAAACCAAAAAUACAACAGUGCGAGGCUGGCCGAAGUUUGUGUAGAAGGUUGUUUGCUUUUUGGUUUAACCAUGGAAUGAUUUGGUAGCUCUGGAGGCCAGAGCUAUAGCCUUGGCAUUCGUGCUACUCAUCAACAUCUCCCUCUCAGCACGACGCUGACGUUGCCUGGCGUUCUUUGCUCGCUUAGGGGCCAACCUCGUGUCUCUAUCAAGAAAUGCAAGCCUGAAUCUUUCCGCCAUCGACAGCUCUAUCCCGGGAGUGCCUGAAAUGCAUGGCGAAAUAGACCUUGGCGCGAAUCCACCUACAGCCCAUGUGGUGGGACUAAUAUCCUUCACAAUUGAAUCGUCCAACGCAGUAUCUGAGUGUGCUUCAAUGGGGACAUCAAAUCCGCGGAAACCUAAAGGCGAGGGCUUGGGAUUGACUAUGAUACGUGGGCAUUCGGUGGCUAGCGUUUCUUGUGAGUCGUUAUCAAUCAUUGGCCAAAGAAGCCACCGAAGGGAUUCAGCACCAUGAGCAAUUUCUGCAGCAUCCAGUUCCUCCCAGGAAUCUCCCUCCAGGUCAAUUAGCUCUGGCUUCAGUAUACCCAAACUACGACGUGCAGUGUAAUUGCUCCUUGGGCAUCCUCUGCAACAUUAACUUUGGUUCAAUCCUGUUAUAGUUUGUAUUAACCUAGUCAAAAACCUCAACCCCUAACUAGCUUAAGUGUGUAACAAUGCAGGAAGAAAAUAUAUGACAAUCAACCACACGGAAAGCCCAUUUGAACAGCAAACCAAUAGGGUAUUAUCUAGGGCUGGAUUCUCAGUGUACAAUGAACUUUAAAGGAGCAUGAACAGUCAAUGUCACUUAUUCAUCGGGUUUAAGGAAGAGAAGAAAACAUACCCCCAUCUCAAUGUGUUCAACAACUUGCAGUGUUGUACUAGUUCAGAGACACCAGCAGGGGUAAUCUGAAAACACCGGCUUAUAUCUACAGCCCUGAUUCGACUGCAUAUUUUGGAAACUUCAGCCAAACAGGUAUCAGUAACAUCUGACCCGGAAAUGUCAAGAAUUUCCCAGGAACUGUCGACUAAAGAAAGGAUCAGAUCAUCAUUCAACAAUUUCCGCCUCCGGGCAAUCGCUACAAUCGCAAGCUUAAUGUGAGCGGGAAAUCCCACAGAAAUCUCCCUCAAUUCUCCAAUUACAUCCUCCAGGUGCCUGCCUAGAACUCCAACGCACAAGCUCACCAAGCUUGGAGGCCUUCCCUUCUCCCUACGAAAUCCUGUGAAGGAUUGAAGGGUUGAAAUGGAACGAGAGGAAUUGGGAUUGGAAGCGGUCGAGCUCAAAUCAAGCUUCUUCAACGACGCUGAUACGGUUUCCUCCGUAGGUUUACGUUUUUCCAUCAAAGCUUCCCUCAGAGCGAAGAAGAAGAAGAAGAAGAAGGCGGAAACUGGUAGGGAAGCUCCGGUGGAGAAUUUGGAAUGCCGGC